UAGCAACCAGGUUGUUCUAAUCAGUUCCAUUUUCAAAUCCUCUCUUGCAACCCAUCACCAUCAUCAUGUCUUCUUCCCACUUCAUUCCCUUUGGCCUAAUUUAUAUAAACUCAUUCCCUCCCCACUCCAUUCCACCAACCUCCCUACCAACAUAAGGAAGAGCUGGUUUUGGUUGCUUGAGAUACAAGAAAUCAACAAUACAAUGAGUCUCAAUUGCCUCACCUGCAGCCAGCUUCUCCAAAGGACAGACUCCUAUGGGGAGUUAUUUGCAGAAAAGGAAUACACUAAAAUAUGCAAACAGGUUGAUAGAAGCUUGUCAAGUAACAUGUCAUCAUCAACAUCCAAAUGUGAGCUACCAAAAGGUGGUGCUGUGGCCAAGGUUAAGGCCGGUCAUCGCCGCAAUUAUAGCACCGGAGACGUUCCUUAUCCUCCUGGCAGCCCAGGACCAACAUUGGUGCGAAGCAGCGGAAUGAGAAGAAACUGGAGUUUUGAGGAUGUUGCUGAAAAGAAAGACCAGGGUGUGAGUUGACACUGAGAUCAGAUUAUUGUUCUAUGUUUCCUUGUUUGUGUUAUAUUUGGCCCUUUUCUACAUUAUGUAUACUUUGUUUGUGGGGGAUGUAAAGAUUGGACAUGGGGUUUAGUGUGGUUGUACAUGAUUAAAGUAUGGUGUUUCAAGCGCAUUGUACAAGUUAUGAGCUCUGUUUUUUGCACCAAAUUAAUCACAUCCCUUCUAGUUUUUGUUUUUCA